AUGUAUACCGAAGGAAGUAUUCGGUAUUACGCUUCCCAUUCUACUUUCGACAAAGUCAUUCCUGCUCAUAGGGGGAGUUUUAGUACAAUGCGUCCUCGAUGUGACUGUAGGGGUCUUUUGGUAAAUUCAAGCAAUGAAUUUCUUCUAUACCCUAUUGCCACUUAG